AUGGCGGCGGUUUCUCUGCAUAUCACCAGGGAAGCGGCUCGGAGGUCUGGCCUGUUCGGGUUGUUGGGCGAUGCGCCUGUUCAGAUGGUGGAUGUUGACGACGAGGCUCGGUUGAGGGAAUUUCAAGCAUUAUUCAGGGAACACGCAUGGGAAAAGGAACCGGCUGUGCAAACGCUCUUCGAAGCAUUUACAAGUUCUCGAUUCCAAACGGCCGUGGAAGCAUGGAAAAGACAAGCAGAAUGGACCAUCCUCGCGUACAUGUGGCAGUCGGCACGGGAGGAAAACCUCGACAUUCUUGGGACGUACCCAGGCUCCGCUUGGGUACCGCAGCUGUCGGAGCAAGAGUUCAUCAGGAUGUCUCAGUAUUUGCCCGAUGAGAAGCAUCCGUGGGUCAAGCAAGCUAGGCAGAGCGCGCCCAAGCUGGGGCCGCGGAUCAUGGUGCGAUAUUGUACCAAUGAGUGUUAUAGAAAGGAGCGACUUCCCAAGAACUUCGGGACUUCAUAA